AUGGGCUGGCUGGCGCCGCGGAUCGGCGUGGUGACGCUCUACAGAGUCGGCCUGCUGUUGACUGGGGUCAUCCUGGUGGUCUACGGUCUACUCGUCUACGUGGAGAACCAUACGGCGUUCCUGGCGUCCAGCAUGACACUGCGAGCCGUCGAGGGCGUUGGUACGGCGGCAGUGCUGACUGGAGUGCGCUCAAUUAUCAUCAACCAGUUCCCGCAGAGGAUGAACUCGGCCAUGAGUCUCGUGGAGGGAAUGUACGGAGCGGGCUCGUGCCUCGGCCCGGCCCUCGGCGGUGCCAUGUACUCGAUCGGCGGCUACGGGGCUCCGUUCUACGCGCUCGGGACGCUGUCGGUAGCUAACGCUGCCAUCAGCCUGCUCCUGAUGCCGGCCGUGACGGAACACCAAGCUGACUCACCGGAGAAUGAUGGCCAGGGGCCAAACUACCGCGACAGCCUGCUGUUCGCACUUUCCAACGCCGACAGCUGGCUCAUUUUAGCGGCUUCCUGUUCGGUGGCCGUCAAUUGGAAUGGCAUCGACAACUCUCUUGCACCAUAUGCGCUCGACACGCUCAACAUGGAGCUUCCGGAGCUGAGCCUCUUCUUUAUGGGAUCGUUUGCCGGAUUCGGACUCUCCAGCCUGCUGUGGGGUCGACUCUCGGACUCCAUCGACAACACGUUCGUGCUAGAGGCCGGCUGCCUGGCGCUGGUAGCGCUCGGCAUCCUGCUCAUCCCUCCCUCGCCUCUGCUCGGUCUUCUACCGUCCCGUCUUCUGCUGGGAGUGGGGAUGACACUGCGCGAGGUGUUUCAGAUGGGCGUCAACCUGCCCCUGCUGCCCCUCCUGGUGAGACUCUUAGUGUCGCGCGGUAUGCCGGACGAUAUCCGCAGCCACGCGCUCCUCACCUCUCUGUGUGGUUUUACGUUCGCUGCGGGUAACGCACUGGGCCCGAUGCUCGGCGGUCUGGUGACAGACUUCUGGGGCUUCCCCGUCCUGGCGACGUGGCUGAGCGGCAUCACGGCCCUCCUCUCUGUGAUGAUGGCCGCGCGCGCUCUGGUCUACCACCUGUCUCGUCGGACGGCACCGGCGCACUGUAAAGCCUAUGUUACGCUAGCAUGA